AUGAGGUUGAGAGAAACAAUCCGUGCCCCCUCACGGUACGAGGAUGAAUGUGAGCUCUCGCCAGGUGUUUCUCGGCGUCGACUGCCACGACGCAGAAGAGGAAUGGCAGAGGAAAGGUGUAUCCCUUAUGUUGACUUCAACCCGAAUCUGCCUCCUGCCGCGUUCCCUACCCUCGACCACCCGCGUCCCGCAGGACAGGGCCCUCCUUCCUUCACUCAGCCAGAACCCAGUCAUGUUCCUUCUUCGUCAACAUCAAGCUCUUCCUCUGAUGAUGCCGAUAAUGCUGGUUCUGUAGCUGACAGACAUCAUCUAGACGCGUUCAAGUUGUAUUGUCGUGACAUCCCCCCAGAAGAACUCGACAAUUUCGUCGCGAGUAAUGGUCCUCAGAACCCACAAUACAGGAGAAACAUGGCGCUGUUAGCAAGAGAAGAGAGCUCAGAUCUCGAGAUUAGUGAAGACGAUGACGACCAACGAUGGGUUGUCCGUGAAGAACAAAUGCCUGAGGAUCCGCAGUGGCACGAUCUUCCGAUUAGUUUACAGAUCGAGAUUGCGGAGAACAUGCUCGAGCACCACAUGUUGUCCACAGUUCAGCUCCUGCUUGGUCUGAACCAGGAUGAUAUUGAGCAACUGACGUGCAAUCUCCAGCGACACAACGAGGAUCUCGAAUAUGAAAAUCUUGUUCUUGAAGAAAUGCGCGCUAAGCAGUUGGAGGCAUUGAUGUGUCUCGAUAAUUCCGAUCUGAAAAAACAUGCAGUGCCAGCGCGGCUCGUCAUGGCCAGCAAAUUGUGGAAUCGCGCCCAUCGUGUGAUUCGAAAGCGGUCAAAGUGGAGAUAUUUGCUUUGUCAGGUGGGAGAUCUUUUGUUGGCACGGAAAUUUCUGUCUAAGCGAGGUUUAUCUAUGAUAUAUGCGGGGGAAUGGGAUAAUCAAUUUGUUGCGGUUCCAUCAUUAUCCAAUACAACGGGCGUUCCUGAAACAAUGGAAUGGAAAGGGGCUAGGGAGCCACCACCAGAUCCAAUUAAUGCGGCUGGAAAUGAUGGGUUGUUGUCGAAUAACACACCUCGCUCUUCCACUGCAGGACGAUCUAAUGUCCAAAUUGCACCUCCCAGUACUGUCACAGACCAGCGGGGUGAACAAUCAACAGCAGAACAAGGGCAUGACUCGAGGACUUUGGAGAACGAUCAACAAGCUUCCAGCAACCGACAUGAUAGAGAACUGUUCCUACCAAAUCAGGCCCUUGUGCGUCUCAGGAUUGGUCCCAGAAAUGCUGCUCGCAUACAUGUCGAACAAACAACUCAGCCAUUUACGCCACCUCGUCGACACAAAGGUCCUUCGCCGUCUGCUAGUCCCCGCCCGCAGAGCAUAGUCACAGAGGCAAACAGUGAUGAUACGAUUGAAGAACCACCUUCUGAGUGGAAUACGUCCGAUGAGCUGCACAACCAAUAUCCAAUGCCUGUGCUUCGCAGGAUUGGUUCCUGGUCGACAGAUCGGACUCACCCCCAGCCAUCAGAACAUUCAAAUUCAACAAGGUCGUUGUCGGGAAGUUUCGAUAACAGCAUGCAUCAUGGUCCGUCAGCAGUACAACCCAGAGCUUAUCAAUUCAAUCAGCCCAAUACAAGGGAUACGCAUGAUCCGUUCACAAUUGAUGCUGCGGGCUCGAUUAAUUCUAGCCCUCCACGAUCAUCAGACUUGCCAUCCAGAAUGGAAGGUAUAGUUUAUGAAAAUGCACGAGCACCGAGUGUGAGAAACACCAUUCCGACCCCAGCGGCAUCCUCACCGACCUGCAUGACGACGACAAAUCGGACAGUUGACAAGAAUCAAGCUGGAUCUCUAACGGUGAAUCCCGAAAUGUAUCUCGCAACACCGAAGUCCUAUCGCACUGUCGCUCGUGACACACAGUUCCAGUCUAACAUUUCGGCACACCAAAACUCUUCAUUUGCGCUAAUUGACGAGGCACAGUCCAAAUCUCCACUAUACUCGAUGCCCCCAUUCUCCUUAAAAUCACACGGAGAGGUGACACAGACAGAUACGGAUGAGCUUGCUGCAUCUAAUGCUAUGCAAGUUCUCCGACUGCUGAGCCCAAUCAAGGUAGCGAAGGGAAAUACCGACGAAGCCAGCGAGGUCGUGGCUGAUCAGCCAAAGCCAGUUACCAGCACGAAAAUGGCAAAUGAAGUACGGCAGGAGGUUACAGAUCCAUUGUCAAUGAAGCAACAACGAAAGUCCGUCAAAUAUACCAACCCACUUUUUGGAUUUGAUAGCUUUGAAGUUUACGCAGACAAUCAAGCACCACAGGAUGUCAAUACUAGCCACGCAGAUCCGCAGGGUACGGUGACGACCCCAUCGACGAAUCCAUUUGGAAGUGAGAACUCCGGGGUGGCAGAUAGCUCUAAAACUCAAGUGGAGAUAUCAUGCGCAAAUGAACCUGAAAAUGUCGAUGCGAACCAAGCAGUCGCCAGAGAUGUCCCCAGUGAUCACCUCUCACCCAUUUCUGGAAACGCCCCUGUGGAGACAUCACCGUCACCCCGAAAGACGCGGCAAUCGACAAAUAAGGAACAUCUCGCGAGCAUAAAGCGAGAUCCCAGCGCUGAGUUGAAAAAUGCGCAGCCAAAGCGAAACAAAAAUACCGAUUCGACCACCAGCCCUCCUCAGCGCGCCACUCGCGGACGAGGACGACCUCGCAAGAACAAAGCCUAG